AUGAAUCAAAAAAAAAACACAAUUAACAAAAUUUCUAAACAAGCGAAUGCAAGUGCUUCCCAAAAAAAUGUCUAUAAAGAAGGUAGUUGUCAAAACCCAAAUAAUAAAAAUGUUUUUAAAUUUAGCAAUAGUUUAAAUUAUAAUAGUUAUAGCGAUUUAGUGGAUGGAUUGUUAUCUGAUAAAAGUCUAAGUAUAAAUAGAAACCAUAAAUUUUAUAAUAUAAAUAAUAAUAAAAGUAGAAAUAAUAUAAGAAAAAAAAAUAAAACAAACAAUAGUAAUGAUGAUACACUAAGGGAAGACGAUGAUGAUGAAGAGGAGGAAGACGACGAAGAUGAAGAAGAAGAUGAAGAGGAUGAAGAAGAUGAAGAAGAUGAAGAAGAUGAAGAAGAUGAAGAUGAAGAAGAUGAUGAUGAAGAUGAAGAGGAUGAAGAUGAGGAAGAAGAUGAAGAUGAGGAAGACAUAGAGGGAUUUAAUAGAAAAAUGAGUGCUGAUUCUAUAGAUGAAAAUAAUAAAAUAAAGAAAAAAAAAAAUAAAAAUAAUUUAUUUUAUAAAGAUUUAGAUAAAUCUAAUAAACAAAAUAAUGUAAAUACAAAAAAUGAUAAUUCUGAUUAUUAUGAUAUAUAUUCAAAUAUUUAUUCAUAUUAUGAUAUAUUUACUGAAGGCCAAAAUGGUUUAAGCAAAUUUAAAUAUUUUAACAAUGUGUUUUCAAAUUAUGAACAAAAAGGUGAAAAAAACGAUCUUCCGCAUGAUCAAAAUACUAAUGGAAAUAAUAAUUCGAAUAAUAAUAAUAACAAUGCUGAAAAAUUUUCAGCAUCAACACCAUCAUAUAUUAAAGCAUCUGGUGCCCCCCCUUCUUUUAAUAAUUCACAGACACGUAUUGUAAAUGAUAAAACAUAUAAAACUGUCAAGAAUUUAAUAAAAGAAGAUCGUGAAAAUAAUAACCAAUAUACUUCUGGGCAAAGUAAUAAUGAUAACAUCACAGUAAAUCGACAAACUGUUUUUAUUGAUCAAAAUAAUUCUAGUACUGGCAUUAAUACUAAUAAUAUUCUUAACCCCAAAAGUCAAUACGUGUAUUCCAACAAAUUGAAAGAAAAAAAAAAUGAACUUAAUAAAAAUAUUGGGAAUUGUAAUAAUACUAAAAAAAAAAUAAUUACAAAAAAAAAAAAAAAAAAAAAAAAUACAACUGAGGAUACAAUUAUAAACGAUAGAGAAACUACAUUUUAUGAAGAUUUAAAACGAAAAAUAAAUUCGAACAAUAAUGUUAGUGAAAAUAUAUCAGAAGGCAAUCGACUUAAUCCUAGGGUUAGUUCAAGGAAUAAUAAAAUUUUCAGUUCAUAUACGAAUAAAAAUAAGAAUAAACUUUCCAAUAUAAAAACAAUGACUUCAAGUUUUAUAGAAAAUAAUUUUUUCUACAAUAAUAAUAAUAAUAAUAAUAAUACCAAUUUGUACAAAGAAUUUAUAACUCCAAUGAAAAAUAAGACUAAAAUAAAUAAUCGGAAUGAAAAUAAUUCUAAAAAUAUUGAAAAGGGAAAUGAUGGGCAAACAGGAAAUGUAGUGAAUAGUGAACAAGAUCAAGAUAGUAACAUGAAUAAACGAAAUAUAAAUCAUGAAAAUAAAGAAAAUGAAGAUAAUAAUGAAGAUGAAGAAUAUGAUAAUAACUUUAGCUCAAAUGGAAGUAAUACUACCAAUCUAAGUAUAGACAGUUCAUGUUCAAUCGAAAUAUAUUAUAAAAAUGAUAAAGAAGUUUUACGAAAUUUAGAAAAAGGUUUAAACUGUGAUAAAGGGAAGGCUAUUCCCAAAUUUUUGAAAAAUCCUGCAAAAAAACGAAUGAAUAAACUUAAAAAAAUAAUUGAAAUAUUAGAAUAUUCAAUAUAUAAUGAAGAAAGAAAAGGAAAUCAAUUAGAAAAAAAAUUAUAUCAAUAUGUAUUAUUAACUAGGAAUUUAAAAAAAGAAAUAUAUAAUUUAGAAAUUACUAAUAAUAAUAGUAAAAAUAAAAUAGCAACAUAUGAAAAGGAUAUAAUAAAAUUAAAAGAACAAAAUGAAGAAAUGAAAUUAACUUUGUCAACUUUUGAAAAUGAACUUAGUAAUUUGAUAAACAAAUUUGAUAAAAAUUUUGCAAAAGAAUUAAUUGAUACUAAAUCAAAAAAUGAUAUUUUAAAAAAAGAGGUUGAAAGAUUAAAAAAAGAAAUUGAGCUUAAAAAUUCAGAAAUUAAAAAAAUUGAAAGUUAUAAUGAUAUAACAAAAAAAAGUACAUCUGAUCCUAUUACAGUUACUCAAUCCGAUAAUUUGAACUCAGAACCCAUACCUGAACCUGCUAGUAGUACAUCUAACAUUUCAAAUUCGUUUAUUACAUCUAAUCCAACAAACACAUAUAUUCCAUCAAAUUCAACGAAUACAAUUGGCUUAGAAACAAAUCAAGAAGCUACAUUAUCUCGAAAUAAUAACAAUUUUUUGAAUACAUCAAAUCCUCAUAAUAAUUCUACUAAUACUUCAUCUAAUUCACCAACUAUAACAAUUUCUCAUGAAUUUCCUUUUUAUCAUGGAAUUAGUGAAGAAAUUCCACAAAAUAAUGUUGAUGAAUUUAUAGCAAAAAUAAAAAAUAAUCGAAUAAUAUAUGAUAAGAAUGUUGAUAAAUAUGAUGAAGAAACAAAAUCUGCAAUAUAUGGAUGUCAUAUUUCUAAUAUGAUCUUAGAAAAUCCAGAUAUUUGCAAUCAUAAAAAAGUUUUAAAAAUUUUACAAGAUUAUUGUAUUAGCGAAUCAAGGUUAUUAAAUAUUCAUAUGUCAUUAAAAAGAGAAAGAUAUGAUAAUUAUAUUUCACAAAAAGAAUUAGAAAAAGAAGUUAUAAGACAAAUUGAAAAUAUGAAUUUUGAUAAAAAUAAAGAAAAAAAUAUUUCUAUAAUUAAUUCAAUUGUAUUAACAUUGAUAUUAAAAAAUGUUCAUAUUUUUAAUUUAUAUAAAAUAUUUAUUUUAUCAUUAAAAUAUGAUAAUUUUCGGUGGGUAAAAAUAAUAAAAAAAGGUCUUUUUUUGAAAUUUUUUGAUUUAUCCUUAAUCGAUUUUGAAAUAAAAAUCAAUGAAACUUCAAAAAUUAAAGAAACAAAACUCAUUCAUAUAUUAGGAGGUAUUAAUGUAGUUUUAAACAACAAACAUAAUGUAGAAAUUGAAGCAAAUAAUAAUAUACAUUAUAAUAUUAAACAUCCAUUAUUUUAUUGUAGUAAUGAAAUGUUAAAACGAUUAAUGUAUGAUAUGUAUUUAAAUUUUACAAAAGAUCCGAUUAAUCCUCAAAACAAUGAUAAUAUAUAUCACUAUAUAUUACAAAAAAAAAAUUAUGAAUUAUUAAAAUUGUUAAAAUUAUCAGGAAAAAAUUUUAAUUUUAUAUUUAGCAAAAAUAGUGAUAAUAAAACACCUUUGGAUUAUGUAGAAAAUGAAGAUAUACAUAUUGAUUUAAUUUCAGGAUAUAUAUUAGAUAUAGCAGGAAAAGGUGCAGAGAAUUAUAAAAAUUAUCGUUAUGAACAAGCAUAUAAAUUAUAUUCUGAAGCUUUAGAAAAACAAAUUAAGUUAUCUAAUUCUAUUAAAUUAGGUAGUUCAAAAUCAAUGAAUGAAAAUAUAGGAAAAUUAUAUUAUAAUAGAGCUCGAACAUUAAUGCAUCUAAAUAAAUGGAUAGAUGCUAUAGAUAAUUGUAAUAAUUGUUUAAAAUAUAUUCCUAAAUAUAUUAAUGCAUAUGAUACACAAAUACACGCUUAUGAAUAUCUGUUAGAAUAUGAAAAUGCAUUGAGUAUAUAUAAAACAAUGUGUAUAAAAUGUAAUAUAAAACCAGAUGAAAAAGAAGACAAACUAAAAGCACAAAUGAAUGCUACUGCUUUUCAAAUUUUAAAUAUUAAUAAGAAUUCAACACUUGUAGAAAUUAAACAAGCAUUCUCAAAUUUGUCAAAAAAAUGGCAUCCAGAUAAAUUAGGAAUAAAUACAAGUGAAGAUAUUAAAAAAAGACAUAAUAAUCAUUUUAAAAGGUUAUUUAAAGCAAAGCAGUUACUUUUAAAUGAUUUAGAAAGAUAUAAAGAAAAAAAAAAAAAGGAAACAAAUUUUGUAUACCCACAAAUUAUUGAUGAUUCAAGUUUAGCUUAUCGCAAUGACACUAGCACUACAAACAAUGGCGGUGCAAAUAGUAACAAUAGCAAUGGGGAAGGGCAAGAAAAAAAAACCAAUUUAAUCCCACCUUAUGAUUCAGCAUAUGAACAAACUAAAGAUAAUAAAAAAUCAUCAGAUAUUUAUGAAACAUUUGGAACUGAUUCGAAUAAUGUAAACAUUGGAAUAAACAAAACUAUAAAUCAUAGAAAUAUAUUUAAUUCAUAUAAAGAUGAUAUUGAAAAGUUCCAAGAAAAAUUAAAAAAUUUGAAUAAAGGAAUUAAUAGUAGUGAUAAUGAUACAAAUAAAAAUAUAAAUCCAUUUAACAACAUAUUUGAUAAUAAAGGAUUGAAUGAAAAAGUUGAUGAAAAUUUUUAUAAAAAAUUGAAAGAAGAAUAUGAAGGAUUAAAUGAUGACCAAUUAAGUAACUUUAAAACAAAAAUAUCUAACUCAAUAAAUAAUCUGAUUCAAACUGAAAUCAAUUUAAAAAGGGAAUAUCAAGAAUUGUGCAAUAAAGAAAAAAAUAAUGCUAUUAUGAAUGCACGAUUAUGUAUUUUACAAGAAAUUCAAAAAGCUCUUUGUAUACGAUUAGAUAAAGAAAGAAAGUUAAAAAUAAUUGAAACAGUUUUUAAAGAUAGAUCAUGUAAUAAUAAUUCUACAUCUAUACCAACAAAUAAUAAAGAUGAUAAAAUUAAUGGUUAUCCUUAUUUGAAUAAAACAAAUAAACAAAAUUAUUCCAAUAAGGAAGAAUUAUCAGGUGAUGUGUUGAAUGAAAAAAAUAAAAAUGGAAAUAAUGUAGAAACGGAUUCUAAAAAUGAAAAGGGAAAUAAUAAUGAUCAAAAAAGUGAAAAUCAAAAUUUUGAUGAAAAUGAAGAUAAUGAAAUAGAAGAAGGAUAUCAUAGUAGAGGAAAAUAUUACGAAUACUAUUAUGAUGAUAAAAAUAAUAGAUAUAUAAAAGAAGAAAAUGAUGAAAAUUUUGAUAAUGAUAGAUCUUAUGAUCAUAAAAGAUUUCAUGAAGAAAUGCAACAAGAAAAAAAUUAUUGUGAUUCAAAAGUUUAUGAAAAUAUUAAUACAAAUCAUGAUGAUAAUCCAAAUAGUGAAAAGGGGGGAAGCAAAAAAAAUGAUCAAGAUAACAUUCGAGAAGAUUCAGAUAAUAUAGAAAAUGAAUCAUAUUCACAAAAAAAUGAAAAAAGAAAUAUUCAAGAAGCUUCAAAUUCUAACAAAAUAACCGAUUCGGAUAGUAGUAGUAAUAAUAAUAACAACAAUUCAGGAGUAAAUGAUAAUGGAAAUAUGGGAAACCCUGAUGAUAAUUGUGGGCAAAAUCGAAAAAGAAACUCAAAAGAAAAUCUUAAUAAAGUUUGGAAAAAUGAACAAAUAAACGAAUUAAAUAAAAUAUCAGAAAAAAAUCAAAUGACAAAUGAACAUACAACGUUUAUAUUUAUGAAUGAUGAACAUAAUAAUAAAGAUGUUUAUAAUAUUUAUGAUUCCCCUGAAAAAACAAAUAAUAACUAUUUUGAAAAUAUAACAAACACAAAACAAAUUAAUCAUCAGCCUUAUAGAAAUUCAAAUAAUACAUUUGAAUACAUUCCUUCAGGAAAUAAUCAAUAUACUAAAAAUAAUGUCUUAAAUAACAUAAAUAAUAAUAUUCAAAUGAGUGAAGAUUUAAAGGGUGAACUAUAUCCAUUUGGAAAUAAAACACGUUCGAAUGUUGUUCGUAAUUUAAAUUCAAAUACAGAUGAAAUAAAUACAAAAGAAGAUAACACAGGAAAAAUAUAUAUUAAUAAUAAUGAUACAUUUUAUGAGGAAAAAGAAAAUAUAAAUAUUGAAACAAAUGGAUAUAUAAAUAAAAAAAAUGAAAAUAAAUAUUACCCUAAAGAAAGAAUAAUAGGAUCUGAUAUAUCUAACUCUGAACAAGUUGAAAAAGAUAUAAUUAAUCAGCCCAUAAAUGAAGAUAAUGGUGAAAAAAAAUAUAAAAAUUUUAGCAAAAAAGAUAAAACAAAUAAUAUAUAUGAUGAAAAUGGAGGUAAUAAAAAUAUAAAAAAUAAUCAAACAAAUGAAGAGAAUGUAAAUGAUUCCACAAAUAAUUAUUAUGAUAAAGAUUCUGUUUAUUUAAUGUAUAAUUCUAGAAAUUCAAAUCUUUUAGAUAAAAUUGCAAAAAAAAAAAACGAUAAUUCUAUUAAUAUAAAUAAAAAUGAGACAAUAGAACAAAGUGAUAAAGAAAUAGAAACUUAUUAUACUGAGGAUAAUGAAAUAAAUAAAUUAAAUUUAAAAAAUAAAAAUGAUGAAUAUAUACCUUCACCGAUUAUAGGAAACAAUAAUAAUUUUUUAAAAAAAAUGUCAAGUAAUAAUUCUUCUCGAAAUACAUACACAAUUAAUUCAGAAAGAUUGAUUCAAAAAAAUAUUUCUUAUUCUAAUGAUAAUACAAAAAAAAAACAACCCAUUGAAAAACGAAACAGCCAAAAAGAGUCAACAAAUAUAUAUAACAAUAAUAGUGAUAAGGAACAAAAUCAGGAUAAAUAUACUGGACAUAAUUUACAUAAUGGAGAAAUAAAACACUAUGAUUCUUCGUUUUAUGGAAAAAAUUAUGUACCAACAAACAAAUCUAUUUCAAAUAUAAAAAAUAAAUUAGAUAAAAAACUUCAACAAAAAAGCUUUGAUACCUCAGAAGAUUUUUCAAAUUAUAAUGAAAAUAAUAAUUUUUAUAAUAUGCAUAAUGAUGAAUAUAAAACAUUUCAUUUUUCAAAUGAACAAACUGAUCAGGAUAUAAAUACAAAUUAUUUAAAUUCCGAAAAUCCUAUUCCUUCUGACAAUAUUAAACCCUAUUCAUUCCACACCCCACCCAAUGAUUAUGCACAUGAUCAAAGAGAAAAUAUUUCUCCUAAAAAAAAAUGA